AGUAUUUAAAAUGGAUACAAUAAACUUAGAAAGAGCUUGUACCUAGAAAUUUCGGAUAAAAAGCAAAGUGUGUGGGAAUAAAAUUAAGAUAGCUCAUACGGCUGCAAUUAUGGAUUCCAAUAUUAUUGUGUUACUGACUAUUUUCUUCUUCCUUGAAUCAGUGUUGAGCUACUGUCCAGCAGCGGACCACUGGAGUGGUUGGUGGGGUUAUGACGGAUAUGCCUCAGGUCCGAGUUCUUGGGGAGACCACAACGAGGACUGGGUGAUAUGUAAAACGGGCAAAAACCAGUCUCCCAUUGACAUUAAGCCACAGGCACUCCUGUAUGAUCCACAGCUACAGCCGUUUAAGCUCGAGACUGCUUCGGUCAGCGGUACAUUUCGCAACAACAAGCGAGACCUGACGUUGCUCGUGAAUAAUAUUAGUCCCGCUGUAAACUUCACGGCGGGGCCGCUUUCCUACACCUAUCGCCUUUACCAAAUCAAGCUGCACUUCGGAAGAGAAAACGUGUCUGGGUCAGAGCACCACAUCGACGGCAAGGCCUUUGCUGGAGAGAUUCAGUUUAUGGCCUAUAACUCGGAUUUGUAUGCAAAUCACUCAGUAGCCCAAGUCAGUCCCAGAGGCGUUGCUAUCCUGGCGGUGUUCAUAUCUGUUGGGGACUACGAGAAUUCUGCCUUCCAAUUUCUCCAAGAAAAGUUUUAUGUAAUAGACAAACAAGAUUCUUGCACGGAUGUUAAGCAUCUACCAGUAGACAAAUUGUUACCAAAAUCUCUUGACCACUACAUGACAUACGCUGGAUCGCUGACACAACCCAGCUGUAGGGAGACGGUCACCUGGAUCAUAUUGAACAAGCCCAUGUAUAUUUCCUCAAAACAGUUAACCGAUUUAAGAAGAAUCCCAUACCAAGAAUGGAGAGAUUCAAACGCCAGACCUAUUAUGCCUUUAAAUCGACGGACCAUCCGAACUAAUAUCAAUUUCGGAAAAAGAACACGACUGUGUUCCAUGGAGGUCUCUAAGCGAUAUGUUGCUAAUCCCGACGUUGGACUGAGAUAACGAGGAUUUACAUCCCUAGGAUUCUUAAAAAUAAAGCAUCAAACCUUGUGGAACUCAAAUUUGGUCCUAGCUCUUCCAAGCACAGAGAAUGUCGAAAAUAAC